AUGCAACUCUUUCUGACUCUGAAAUGGAUCCUUUGGGUGGCUUUCCUCGACGCAGCUCGUACCAUCAUCGCCCACCCUAUCCCAACGCUAAAUUGGGUCAACACGAAUGAAUUCAAGGACCUUGAAUCUCACGGCGCAUGGAAGGUCUUGCGAAACCAGAUCAAAAGCUCCUCGGAAUUAACUAAGCUCGAGGACAGAGAGUCCCAGGUUCGCUUGACCAAUGAUCGCGGCGACGAACUGAUCAAGGAUGAAUCCUCUGGCUGGCUCUACAAACACGGAAAAACACUCGACAAGGCUAUCGUCUCAGUUAUGGUUCCAGCUAUAACUACCUCGGCGGCUCGUCUCAAGACGAGCCGUGAGAAACAUCGCACCAGUUACCGGAACUACAAGAAGCCCGUUUUUCAUGAAACGCAUUCAUACGACGGAACUCUGGGCCACAGCAAUUCUGAGAUGACAGGGCUCGACAACCUGGCGUGGAAAUCUUCAUUGGAGUUAUCCUCUGACCACCAUUCGCCGGGGACUUCAUAUCGAUCCUCUUUUCCUUUCUCCAAAUUCGCCCUCGCCUCCUCCGUUCCCACGAUCACAUUUUCAGGAGCAUUCGCGACAGUCAUGAUAGGAAUGAAUUUCGCGUGGAUCGCUGUCUUGAUAAUGUGUUUUUUUCGAGUACAGAAGGUAUCUUUGCAAGCGCAUUAA